UUGAAGUAGCUAAGCAUUUCACAACUUCAAGUUAUAGUUAUACCACUCUCUUUUGCUAGUCUUUCUCUUUCGUUGUGAUCUCUCGUUCAUUGCUUACCACUUCAAUGGCGAUUCCCGUGCUUGAUUUCUCUCAGCUCAAUGGUGAGGAGAGGGCCAAGACACUGGCUCAGAUUGCAAAUGCAUGCGAGGAAUGGGGGUUCUUUCAGCUGGUGAACCAUGGGAUUCCAGAGGAGCUGCUGGAGAGAGUGAAGAAGGUUUCAACCAAGUUCUAUAAGCUGGAGAGGGAAGAGAAUUUCAAGAACUCAAAGCUGGUGAAUUUGUUGGAUGAGACUGGUGAAAGGUUGGAGAAUGUGGACUGGGAAGAUGUCGUUACUCUCUUGGAUGAUAAUGACUGGCCAUCCAAAACACCCGGAUUCGAGGAAACCAUGAAGGAAUACAGAUUUGAGUUGAAGAAAUUGGCCGAAAAGGUCAUGGAAGUAAUGGAUGAAAACUUAGGCUUACCAAAGGGAUACAUCAAGAAGGCAUUCAAUGACGGAGAAGGUGGUGAUAAUGCCUUCUUUGGGACCAAGGUGAGCCACUACCCACCAUGUCCUCACCCCGAGAGAGUGAAUGGUCUUCGAGCUCACACCGAUGCAGGUGGUGUCAUCUUACUGUUUCAAGAUGACAAGGUGGGAGGCCUUCAAGUCCUGAAAGAUGGGGAAUGGGUUGAUGUGCAGCCCUUGCCGAACACCAUUGUCAUCAACACUGGUGAUCAGAUAGAGGUCCUGAGCAAUGGCCGAUACAAGAGUGCUUGGCACCGUGUUAUGAGCUCCACUGACGGGAACAGGCGAUCGAUCGCCUCAUUUUACAAUCCAUCCCUUAGUGCCACCAUAGCUCCUGCACCACAGCUGGUGGAGAAAACAAACCAACAAGUGGAACAAACUUAUCCCAAGUUUGUUUUUGGUGACUACAUGUCUGUUUAUGUUCAGCAAAAGUUCCUCCCCAAAGAACCCAGGUUCCAAGCUGUAAGGGCCAUGUAACAGCCGGAAGAUAAGAAGUUAAAAAACUGAGAUUAAUUUUUUUUUUUUUUUUGCUUUUGUCUUACCUUUUACUUUUCGU